AUGCAGCAAACGAUACCCUGCCAUACUAGCGCACUUGAUUAUCCAUUUGGCAAUAUAUCAUGCACAUUGGUGUGGAGAAACGAAGCAAACUCAAGAGAUAAUCAGCAAAUGAGAUGGGACAAUAAUGCUUUGUCACGGCCUUUUGGUGAAAAUAAGAUUGAACAGGUAGGAGACCUGAUCCUCCUUGACGUCAACCUGGAUCACACCGAGCUUUAUCGUCAUAAUGGUGUAUUUGAUGAGCUUUCAGCAAUGUUUACUUUUCGAAGGGGUCAUUACAAACUCCUUCUGCUAUUCUUUCUUCCUUCGGCACUUUUUAUGCUCAUGAGCUGGCUCUCCCUCAUCCUUGGCCCAAUGGCCAUUACGCGGUCCAUUCUCAUUGUUGGCUCACUUGUUUUGCUGCUGAUCCACUACAGCACGAAUAUGGCAGGCUUACCGGAAACUACAGGUGUUACCUCCAUAGACGUCUGGAAAGUAUUCUCUCUGUUAUUUGUUAUGUCAAUACUUAUGGAAUUAGUCAUCGUGACUUGCAUGGCAUCUAUGGGAAGGUCGAGGUGA